UGAAGAGGCCGAAGAGAAUUUGGGGAAAUCUUGAGAGGGAGGGAGAGAGAGAGAGAGAGAGAGAGAGAGAGGGAGAGAGAGUUUGAUCGAGAUCUGUAAGUUCUUAGUAAAGCAAGCUUGAGAAGAACCGGAAAUGGCAAAGAAGGAACUCGUCCAGGAACCAAAGUUCAAAUGCUUCUGCAGGCGUGAGUUUGCAACACAGGAAGGUCUCGAUGGACACGUCGACUCCAGUGAACCUUGCAAAGCCUAUCGUGAUAAGGGACACGGCCAAUUCAAAAGAAAGGCUGGUCUGGGUCUCGAGAGGAAGUUUAGGUUGAUCACAAUACAACUGAGGAAUGCCAAGGAGAAGGCAGAGGCUGCUGAAACUGGAGGAAAUUCGAAUGCCAAGAAGAAAGGGGGGAAGGCAGAGGCUGCUGAAACUGGAGGAAAUUCGAAUGCCAAGAAGAAAGGGGGGAAGGGGAAGGGGAAGGGAAAGGGAAAGGGAAAGGGGGAGGCCGGCCGCUGAGGCUGAGAAGGAAGAAGAGAAGUAGAAUGCUUGUGAAUACCUGUUUUGCAAGGAUUGCUCAUGUCUUGCCAGAUUUUGCAAAUUAGGCAAUUAGCUUUGACCUAUUUUCUGGAUCGAUAAUAUUAGAUUUUGUAAUUUCAGGUCAGUAUGCGGAGGUUAAAGACUUUGAUGGUUUUUUUGUUGUAUUGCUCAAGUCCUUAUUGGUCAUGAACUGCACUCCGUUUUUAGUCUCGCCCUGUUACGAGUAAUUUGGCAUUAGUUUUGCUUUGAUUAAAAUGCCAACGCUGUUAAAA